AUGCCAAGCCACCUCAAGGCACCUCAAGCCACCCCAAGCGACCUCAAACCCCCUCAAGCCACACCAAACACCCCAAGCCACGCCAAACCACCUCAAGCCAUCUCCAGCCACCUCAAACAAGGCACCACAGCACACCACACCCCUUCAAACAGUCCCACAGCCCUGUACAUCAACCCUGGCACCACAGCAAGGCCACCACACCCCUUCAAACAGUCCCACAGCCCUGUACAUCACCCCUGCCACCACAGCAAGGCCAUCACACCCCCUUCAAACAGUCCCACAGCCCUGUACAUCACCCCUGGCACCACAGCAAGGCCACCACACCCCUUCAAACAGUCCCACAGCCCUGUACAUCACCCCUGGCACCACAGCAAGGCCAUCACACCCCUUCAAACAGUCCCACAGCCCUGUACAUCACCCCUACCACCACAGCAAGGCCACCACACCCCUUCAAACAGUCCCACAGCCCUGUACAUCACCCCUGGCACCACAGCAAGGCCACCACACCACUUCAAACAGUCCCACAGCCCUGUACAUCACCCCUACCACCACAGCAAGACCACCACACCCCCUUCAAACAGUCCACAGCCCUGUACAUCACCCCUGGCACCACAGCAAGGCCACCACACCCCUUCAAACAGUCCCACAGCCCUGUACAUCACCCCUGGCACCACAGCAAGGCCACCACACCACUUCAAACAGUCCCACAGCCCUGUACAUCACCCCUACCACCACAGCAAGACCACCACACCCCUUCAAACAGUCCCACAGCCCUGUACAUCACCCCUACCACCACAGCAAGGCCACCACACCCCUUCAAACAGUCCCACAGCCCUGUACAUUACCCCUGGCACCACAGCAAGACCACCACACCCCUUCAAACAGUCCCACAGCCCUGUACAUCACCCCUGGCACCACAGCAAGACCACCACACCCCUUCAAACAGUCCCACAGCUCUGUACAUCACCCCUGGCACCACAGCAAGACCACCACACCCCUUCAAACAGUCCCACAGCCCUGUACAUCACCCCUGGCACCACAGCAAGGCCACCACACCCCAUCAAACAGUCCCACAGCCCUGUACAUCACCCCUGCCACCACAGCAAGACCCUGCCACAGCAAAAAUCAUAA